CAGGAGUACAGUGUGAUUGCGGGCAUGGAACGGGUGGAUGGCCGCACACUUGCGCCUGCCUCCCUCAUCCAUCCGCAUCUCUCCCCCCUCUCUCUCUCCCCCCUAGCAAUCAACCCUAGUCUUAGCUUGGCUGACUCCUCCUACCUGGUUGGCAUAGCUUAUUAGCCUCUUCCUUCAGCCCCACUCUACCAGCUCCCGGCACAGCUCGUCGGCCGGUUGCUCCGAUAGCUCAGCUCAGUCGAUCAGCUACGCCUACCUCGGUUCUUGCUCACAAUAGCCGCCUCCAUGGUUCCACAUCAGCGAGCCUAGCAAGUUGCUGUACUUCUACUACUAGUCCCCGGCCUCAGGACUCAAGGAGAGAGGCGUCCCCACCGCGGCUGGGCGUGGGUAGUGCAACUGCUGCGAAUCUGCAAGUACCACCGCAUGCAGCAGCUGCCGUCAGGCCAGGCUCACAUGAUCGGAUCGCCCGUCCGCGAGAUCUGAUCCGUGUGUGUGUGUGUGUGUGUGUGUGUGUGUGUGUGUGUGUGUGUGUGUGUGUGUGGAGCUGAUCAGGAAUUCGGCGGCAGCUAGCUGGUUGGUUGGUUGAUCGAUCGAGGGGAGAGAAGAGAGGAUCGAGAUGAUGCUCAAGGAUUUCGCGGCAAUUCAGCAGCAGCAGCAGCAGCAGCAGCUGGCCCUGGCCGCCGACGAGAACAUGUCGAACCUCACCUCCGCCUCCGGCGACCAGACCAGCGUCUCCUCCCACCCCCUCCCGCCUCCUUCCAAGAAGAAGCGCAGCCUCCCGGGAAAUCCAGACCCUGACGCGGAGGUGAUCGCGCUGUCGCCGCGGGCGCUCAUGGCGACGAACCGCUACGUGUGCGAGAUCUGCGGCAAGGGGUUCCAGCGGGACCAGAACCUGCAGCUGCACCGGCGCGGCCACAACCUCCCCUGGAAGCUCAAGCAGCGGAACCCCAACGAGGUGGUGCGCAAGAAGGUGUACGUGUGCCCGGAGCCGGGCUGCGUCCACCACGACCGCUCCCGCGCGCUCGGCGAUCUCACCGGCAUCAAGAAGCACUUCAGCCGCAAGCACGGCGAGAAGAAGUGGAAGUGCGACAAGUGCGCCAAGCGCUACGCCGUGCAGUCCGACUGGAAGGCCCACUCCAAGGUCUGCGGCACCCGCGAGUACCGAUGCGACUGCGGCACGCUCUUCUCAAGGCGGGACAGCUUCAUCACGCACAGGGCCUUCUGCGACGCGCUGGCGGAGGAGAGCGCGAGGGCGGUGGCCGUGGAGGAGCAGCAGCAUCCGGGGAUGCUCUACUCGCACGGCGGCGGCGGCGCGGCGUUCCAGAUGCCCGCCGUGAUGGACCCGUCGAGCUCGCUCGGUGGCGGGCACGGGCUGAUCCAAGAACUGUGCCUCAAGCGGGAGCGGGAGCAGCAACAGCAGCAGCAGCAGUUCGUGCAGCCGUGGCUAUCGGAGCAGCAGCAGCUGGAGAUGGGCGGCGAGGGCGCCCAGGCCAUGUUCGGGACGGCCAGGAUGGAGCAGGAGUUCAACGCAAGCUCCACGCCGGAGAGCAGCACGCAGCCUGUGGGCAUGAGCUUCGCGUCAUUUCCCUCGUCGUCCGCGGCUCCCUCAGCGGCCGGGGCGACGGGCUCUUCUCACAUGUCGGCCACGGCGCUGCUCCAGAAGGCGGCGCAGAUGGGUGCAACGCUGAGCCGGCCGUCGGGCCAAGGCCAGAUGGCGGCGAGCACCUUCAGCAGCAGCAGCAGCAGCGCCGCCAUCACCAACGUCACCAACAAUGCACCUGCAGCCGCUACUAGUAGCAGCGCGGCGACAAGCACCGCCGUCGGCGUGGGAUUCGGGCACGCGUUCGAGGCGCCGGCUCACUUCGGGGUGGACCCGAGACCCACUGCCAGUCGUAACGCCGGCAAUGCCGGCGCCAGCGGCGGAGGUAGAGGCAAUGCCGGAGGCGCAAACGACGGCCUCACGAGGGACUUCCUGGGUCUGCGGGCCUUCUCCCACGGCGACCUACUCAGCAUGGCAGGCUUCGAUCCCUGCAUGCCCACGUCGGCCUCGGCGAGGGCGGCGUACGAUCAGCAAGGGCCCCAGAGCAGCAACCCAUGGCAUGGCUAGUAAUCAACCUCGCAAUCAGCUGGCUAAGCUCACCAUUGAUGAACCCAACCAUAUCCAAGUUGAUGAUUUGAUGCGGCGUGCAAUGGACUAAAACAUCAUCAAGCGUCCGGCAUUGCUCGAUCAUAUACCACUUCAAGGUUAAUCACACUGAUGAGUAAGUUGGAUUCAGUCAGUUCACUUGCUAUAUAUAUGGAACAUGCAAAUAAAUUCUUGUUCGUGCUAUAUAUCAUAAUUAAUCCAUGUCGCUGUUGUAAUAAAGAAGAUUUGGUUCAUGUCGUUUGUCUGCUGGGUAGAUAAGCAGUUUAUGAGAUGAAUUAGCGUUUACCACAGUUCUGUUUACUAGAGAGUACUCCCUCCGCUCCAUAACAUAAAACGCUUUUACAAGCUAAAACAACUUGUGGAAACAUCUUAUAUUAUUAUUAUGGGAUGGAGGGAGUAAUUCUUAAUGCUGAUAUACUUGGUGUACGGCGUGAGACUUAACAAAUAGACUAUUAAUAAGAGUUUUAUAUUUCAAACACCUUGUGUAGUAUUGCAUUUGGGAGCAUUUUUUAACCAAGUACUCUAGAAAAUGAACUGACAUCUGUAUAUUACAGUUAAAGAAAACACUGCUGUUAAAUAAUAAAGUGUGCACUCCAUGUAGGAGUGCCCUAUACCGUGCACUGUUGAACAGUGGCAUUCCUAUUUUUCAAUUGAUUAGAACAUUUGAGACGGAGGGAGUAAUUCUGAUCGCCGAUAUGUCUGUUGUACGACGUGAGACUUAACAAAUAGACUGUUAAUAGAAGAGUAAUUAUAUUCCAAA